GCUCGCCAGGACCCGCCUCCGCAGCAGCAGCAUCAGACGAGGACUGCCUCGAGGCCAGAUAGUUUCGUGCCGAAGGGUCCGCCAUUAUCGCCUUCACCACCACCUGUUGCUGGACCGUCGAGACCUCCAGCGGUCGCCAAGCAGCCUACUGGUGUGAACAGGAAGAGUAACCAGAAGAUCCGCGAGCCCCCCGUGACGAUAGUGCUGUCGUCCUCGGAUGAAGAUGAAGAAACGCCGGAACGUGAAGAACAGCCGAUGCCCAACGCUCAGCGUCCCAGCGCAGCAGCAAAACAUGGCGAUCGUCAAUCUGCACUGCCGGCGGUUCCCAGCGAUCAGAACAGUCUAACGGCUAAUAAUCUACGACAUUAUGAAAUGCCCAGGGGCGCGGACAGCUCCAAGCGGAAACGUCCAUCUCAUAGCAGCUCGGUCACUCCGCAAGUGAACGGUCCGGAUGAAAUCGAAGAUUUUGAGGAUGGUCACGACUAUGAUGUCAUUCACUUACCACCGCCGCCGCCAAAGUCGAACGCCACCAAAAGAGCUCGAAUGCAGGACAAAAACGGUGACCGCCCCAUCUCAGAAGAAGAGGGAUCCAGGUUGGCUCGGCCCUGUGGUAGAAUACAAGGUCAAUGGACAGAACCUUGCCAUUCCAGGAAAUGGCAAGGACUUAUAUUUGGAACAGCAAGGAAUCAGGCAUUGUGACAUACUCUUCCCAUGGGCGAACGUUAUUAUUAUUUUCACGCCGUCCGGUAUAGGUGAUGUGAUCUCUGAGGAGUAUAACCUCGGUCUGGUGGUCCAGAAAGCAAAUACGGGUAGUGAUAUUCACAGCUAUUGCUACAAGCUUCAUGGGCGGGAUCUCUCUGGAGCUGAACGCAAUAGGAUCGUUAAGCUGUUUCUACAGAUACAACAAGCCAAGAGUAAUGGCAUUUCGCAACAACGCAUAACCGCCAACUCAAACAUCGCAUACUGGACGAAGGAAUCAGCACAAAAUUUCAGGGAAGCUGUUGCUGAGCCGGGCAAGAGACCAACCCAGCAGACAUUGCCUUUCACCCGCGAGACGGACGGUUCUUCGAAACAACCUGCGGAGCGCCCUCGACCCAAACAGAAGGAUCGCAUGCAGAGUACAGCACCCGCUUCCGCAGAGGGUAUACGGCGUAGCAGUCGCUCUGCCGUGGUCGAACAGAGAACCGAUCGCGAGAUCGCCUUGCGAUCGAUGCCUCCAAAACCUCGAAACCCAGACAGGGUCCUGUUUCACUGGCCGCCUACCGGGCGUACCGAACUAGUGAUCACGAAAGGAGACUAUCAUCGUCUCUAUGACGACGAAUUUCUGAAUGACACUCUCAUCGACUUUGGAUUACGCUACGUCGUCGAUUCCCGACUCUCAUCAAACCCUACCGAGACGAAAUCAGCAGAUGGUUACACAGGCUUAGGCCAGUUGCGACCUGAAGAUGUAUUUGUAUUCAACCCCUUCUUCUACAAGAAGCUAUCGGAUAAGACGCGGAGUCGUGAGAAAGUCUCGCCUGAUCCAUACCCCGAAUGGUCGGCCUAUGAGUCGGUGAAAAAGUGGACAAACAAGGUGGACAUCUUUUCAAAAAAGUUCAUCAUUGUGCCUGUCAACGAGAACCUACAUUGGUACAUGGCGGUGAUCUACAACCCUGCGAUUCUACUUGGCGAUGCUCGAUAUUUGAAGGGUUCCACUCCGCCAUUGGAUGAUGCCUCCGGCCGGCCUCUCACCCGGUCGCUUGGCAGAGAAGAGGAAGCCCAGGAUAUAGCGAGCGUUGAGCAGGCUAUGACCAAUGGCGAGAAGCUGCCUUCGCCCGCAGCGCGAUCCUUGUCCAUCGGUCCCGUAGCCACGGCGAUAGCGUGCGACAGCAACGUGCUCUCGCCCGACUCACAGCCACGUCUGCCAGCAGGUGAUACGAUCGAGGUACAAGGUCGCAACGCUCGAGCGAGCGGAUCUGUCGCGAGGAAUGAAGCACCCAGGUCAAUUGAACACAUUAUCUGCCCCCCGUCUGUCGGACAACCGGAACAAGCGGAACCUCUGGACUCCGCGCUCAGUCCACGUUCAUUGGAACCUGGUGAAGGUCCCGGAUCUCCUAUCGAGAUUGACGGGGUUGACCGUACCAACCUUGAGAAGCGGGGCUUGAUCAUGACUUUCGAUUCCUUGGGUUCAAUCCACCCAGGAGUUGGCUUCGCUCUCAACCGGUGGUUAGUUUACGAAGCGAGGGACAAGAAGAAUGUCGAGCUGUCGUGGAAGCCGAGAGCGCAGAAACCGCUGCCUUACAAGGCAGUCAGCGUACCCCCGCAAAGGAAUUUCAGUGAUUGCGGCGUUUACUGCUUACAUUUCAUGGAAGUUCUCCUGGGCGAUCCAGAAGGAAUGAUGAAUUUCAUCUACAUGUCCAUGCUGAAGAGGGACCAGCUGGACGGGCAAGUUCUAGACGACUACAAGACCCGGUGGCAAGGUGAAGACGCGCUGGUGGGACGCAGGAAGUGGCGAGAGAUCAUCACCGAGCUGGCUGGACCUUCAAGCAGCCCGGAGGAAAGACCGAUAGAAUUGAGUUCGCCGUUGCCUAGCGCAAAUGGUAGCCAAGAGUCGACGAUCGAGGUGCAUUCUGCACAAACACCGGCCCAGCCCUUUAGGGAACGUAAUGCUGCGAACCCAGACUCUUUCGUACCCAAGACCGCAGAGUCACCUUUGCCGACACGCCCUCUCCCCAAAGGAGGACGCUUACCUCCUGCACUACGACCUUCGGUCGCCCAACCCGAAGUACCUAGUCCCCAGGUUCUUGUCAGCAUAGCACCACAUCCCCCGCAGCAACCGCCAAAUGUCACGCUCGAAUACGACGAGCACGGAAACAGCGUGAGCGGAUCUACCGUAUCCGAUGCGGGUGCGACGGCAGCGACCGAUUUAUCCAUUGCUACCGCAUCAACGUCCCAUAUCCGAGAUAUUCGAAAUUUGAGGAUAAGCCGAGAUGACGAUCGCAUGGAGGUUGAUUCCGAUGUCGAGGGAAGCGCAAUAAGUAUUGCACGAGAGUCGGCUGUGAAAGAUGGUAGGAUCAUGCCCAGCAUGAUGGAGAUUGAUGGCGAAGAGGAAGAGGAAGAGGAGGAGGAGGAAGAAAUCAAGGAGGAGGAGCGAAAGGAGCGUCAGAGCAAGGACGAAGAGAGUGGUCCGGAUAUCAUCGUGCUGGAUGAUUCCCAGUCGCAGAGGCACAUGCACUCGCCCACGCAUGCUCCCGCGCAUCUGGACGAAAAGAUGAGAGAGCCGGAAAAGGCGAAGCAGCAGAAGACACUCGCUUCCAGAAUGGAAUCGAGCCCAUCCUACAACAAGGGGGCACUGCGGGUCUCAACCACAGUCGAGGUACCUGUACCUUCGUCCAUGCUGCAAUCAGCCGAGCGAUCUUCGAUCUCCCUUUCGGAAAACGGACCAACGGAGUUCACAAUGGUGGAUCCGCGAGCCGGUCAGAUAGGAUCGCUGUCUAGCUUGGUGAAAAGUACAAUGGAGGGAAAUCAGCGCGGCAGAGUCGUACCGGCUCUUGACCAGGGCUCGGCUAGCCGUACAGCGUUCACCAAGGAGCGGAAGGUCGAUACCGCACCUUCGUCAGCAGGCAAACGCAAGCAGUCCGAGGCAACGGUCGAGGCCGUCCACUCGAGGCCCGUGCGCAGGCAGAAAUCGAAACACAAGCGCAACGUUUCCUAUCUUCUGAAUAGUGACGGUAUCGACCAGCAAACCGACACCGGCUCGAAGGAUAAUGACGGGAUCGACCCGAACAUGGAUGAGCCGGACUUCGAGCUUCUCGGAAGUGGGAGAGAGUCCAGUAUCAUUCAUACCCGGAGCAAGAACUGCAACCCCUGACGAUGUAUGUUCUGCAAUAAUGACCUUUUACGACACUAGCACAGCACGACCUUGUAGAUGAUGAUUGUCGGACAUGCGCGAUCAUAUAAUGUCCGCUUCGAUGACCUGAGGUGUCUCUAGACCCCAUCAUAUCCAUAUGCUAUGACCUAUAUGCGAAGC